AUGAAAGCUGUGCUCGGAUAUUAUGACUCCUCAACUGGUGUGACACCCAUUGUAAACAAAUUACCGCACAAUCUCCAAGAAAAAUGGACAUCAUCAGCUAUCAGAUAUAUGCAGGAGCAUCACACUGUGUAUCCACCGUUCUCCCAUUUUGCGGAAUUCCUACGACAACAAAGCAGGAUCAGAAAUAAUCCAAGUUUUCUGUAUGAAACAUCAUUUGUCAGGAAGGACACAAACAUGUCAAACUAUUAUCAUAAAAACUCUGUUGUUGUGAAGAAAACUAACACACAUCAUGAAGCUCAAAACACAGCACCUAGUACCGAGGACAUUUCCAUGUUUCAAAAGUGCCCGAUUCACAAUACGGACCAUCUUUUGAAUAAAUGCAGAGCCUUCAGGUUGAAGAGUAUUCAGGAAAGGAUGAAAUUCUUAAAGGAAAAGAAAAUAUGUUUUCGAUGUUGCGCCUCGACUACUCACAUUAAGAAAGACUGUAAGGAGAUAGUGUCAUGCAAAGAAUGUAACAGCGGCAGUUAUCCUACAGCUUUACAUGUUGACACACCAUCAGGGACUCUACGUACAGCCGCAUCAUCUCACAGCGGGGAGGUAAUUGACAUUACUUCAAAGUGCACGCAGAUAUGUGGUAGAUUUCCUGGAAAAUCUUGUGCUAAAAUACUGUUAGCUAAUGUUCAUCUACAAGAGAGUCCUGAAAAACGAAUACACGCAUACGUCAUGUUAGAUGACCAGAGUAACCGUACUCUGGCCAGCACGCAACUCUUUGAUUCGCUUGGAAUUGAGGGACAGGAUGUGGAAUACAUACUUACCUCAGGUGCAGGAAAGGAACGAGCUGCUGGGAGAAGAGCCCAUUGUGUAGUGGUGGAAUCUUUGGACCACAGCGUCCGUCUCCAACUUCCUGCUGUUACGGAAUGUAGUCAUCUUCCUAACAAUCGCGAGGAAAUUCCCACACCGGAGGUAGCUCAGAACUACGCUCAUCUACUUGACAUCGCUCAGUACAUUCCACCCCUGGAUGAUGGCGCCCAAAUUAUGCUGUUAAUCGGAAGAGAUGUCAUUCAAGCUCACCAUGUUCUGGACCAGCGUAUUGGACCAGCUAAUGCCCCUUACGCACAGAAACUUCCAUUAGGAUGGGCCAUCAUAGGUGAAACCUGUUUAGGUAGCUCUCACUUACCAGAAGAGUUCAAUGUCACAAAAACGAACAUUCUUGAAAGUGGACGGGGUACCAUACUUGAACCUUGUCAGAGUAAAUUGUCAGUGUGUGAAAAGCUAGAUGUGUGUGACUCCAGUUAUGAACCGGACAUGGACAAGUUAUUCGAGAGAUCAGACGAUGACGAAAAACCUGGCUUAUAUGUGAAUGACAAAAAAUUCUUAGAGAUUGUGAGUUCCCAAUUCCAAAGGGACAAAGAGGGAUUUUGGACCUCACCACUGCCGUUUAAGCCCAAUCGUCAAAAGCUACAAAACAACUACGAUACAGCGAUGAAGAGAGCUAAGAGUUUGGACAGAAGCUUAGAGAAGAAUCCCUUGAAAAAGGAGCAAUUCUUAGCAUUCAUGGAGAAGAUGUUUCAGAGAGGCCAUGCUGAAAGAGCGCCGCCCCGGGCAGAAGGAGAUGAGUGCUGGUUUUUGCCUAUCUUUGGUGUCUACCACCCUAGGAAGAAAGAUCAAGUACGCGUGGUAUUUGAUUCAGCUGUGAAGCAUAAUGGUGUUUCACUGAAUGACGUUCUGUGUUCCGGUCCAGACUUAACAAAUAGUCUAUUAGGAGUUUUACUUCGCUUCAGACAGGAACCAGUAGCGAUUGUUGCGGACAUAGAGCAAAUGUUUUACUGCUUUAAGGUCAACGAGGAACACCGCAAUUACCUUAGAUUUUUAUGGCAUGAAGGAAACGAAUUCCACGAACCGCUUGUUGAAUUUCGCAUGUGUGUUCAUGUUUUUGGUAACACCGCCUCUCCAGCCAUAGCGACAUAUGGCCUCAGAUUUGCAGUGAAUCAGAGUCAACUUGGUGCAGAUGUUAGUAACUUUGUGUGCAAAGACUUUUAUGUCGACGAUGGACUUAAAUCAUUACCUACCAUUGAACAAGCCAUAGACCUACUUCAGAGAACACAGAAAGCACUGAAAAAUGAGGGAAACUUGAGACUUCACAAGAUAGCCUCAAACCGAGAAGAAGUCAUGCAAGCUUUUCCACCUGAGGACCUGUCGAAGGAUUUAAAGGACCUGGAGUUUGGUAACGAAAUACUGCCAGUCCAGCGUACUCUUGGUGUCUCUUGGAAUCUGGAAUCAGAUGCCUUCUUGUUCCACAUUGCAACAGAAGAGCAACAAUUCACAAGAAGAGGGGUGCUUUCCACGAUCAACUCCAUUUUUGAUCCUUUAGGUUUCUUGGCCCCCGUCAUCAUUGAUGGUAAAUUACUUAUGCGCCAAUUAGUGGGAUGUACAAGUGACUGGGACGAGCCCUUACCUUUGAAGUACUCAGCAACAUGGGAAUAUUGGGUCAACUCUUUGAAAGACUUGCAUGGUUUGAGUAUUCCUCGCACCUACCUUUCAAUGUCAUGGACGAGUGCAUGCAACAAAUCAGUACACAUCUUUUCAGAUGCCUCGGAACAAGCAGUUGCUGCUGUGGGAUACCUUGUAAAUCUGAACCAAGAAGGAAGAUCAGAAAUCGGCUUCAUCCUUGGCAAGUCAAAGGUCGCACCGAAGCACGGUCAUACCAUACCCAGAUUAGAGCUUUGUGGCGCAGUAAUUGCAGUGGAGAUAGCAGAAUCAAUUGCUACUCAUCUAGAACUUCACAUCAAAGACUUUACCUUUUACACCGACAGCAAGGUGGUGCUGGGAUACAUUCAAAAUGAUACAAGAAGAUUUUACACAUACGUAGCCAAUCGAGUUGCCAGGAUUAGAGCUUCCACCCUACUUCAACAGUGGCGCUAUGUGUGUACAAGUCAGAACCCAGCAGAUCGGCAACCCGGUCCGUAG